AAAAUCUACUUUAUUUAAUGUAAACUUAUCAUUAAAACAUAUUUUUCUUUAUUUUAUUUUAGGCAUUUCUACUUAUUCAAAGUGAAAAACUAAAAAAUGAUUAUGUUUAUUUAAGUUGGUUAGCACGAUGUUAUAUCUAUAAUGGGAAACCACGUCUUGCAUGGGAACUUUAUCUUAAACUUGAACAUUCGAAUGAGUCAUUUACACUUCUUCAAUUAAUUGCAAAUGAUUGUUAUAAACGUGGUCAUUUCUUUUAUGCUGCUCGUGGUUUUGAUAUUCUUGAGCGUAUGGAUCCAAAUCCAGAGUUUUGGGAAGGUAAACAAGGUGCAUGUGCAGGUGCAUUUCAACAAAUUGUUGCAGGUCAUGAACCUCGUGAUACACUUCGUGAUAUUUUAUCUUUGUUACGAAAUACAAAUCAUCCUCAAGGAGAUCAAAUGAUAAAAAUUAUGCGAUCAUGGGCAAGAACAAAUAAUAUUCCUGUUUAA